GCCCGGAGUCGGCGUUAUUAAUGUCAGCAUGUGCGCUAAUGGGAGCGGGAUAUUCAUCUACCCUUCCCUCGUUGUACAACCUAUUGGAGCAGUAUAUCACAUUGAAUAAUAGCCUGGGUGCUUUAUUCGCAUUCAGUGGUGGUUUAAUGGCCACGAUCAAUACCUUGAUUGACACGUUGAAUAUCCAAAAUAGG